AUAAUUAUCAUUAUUAAGAUGUCACACAUGUAUAGAUACCUGACAGCUUUAUUCCAGUACCCUUACAUUCACUACACUCCGGUCUUUAACAGCGAUAUGCUGCCUCUUUAAGGAGGCGGUUCUACGGUGUAGGACUACGGUAGUACGGAGUCCUGAAAUGGCACAUGGAAACCACAGUAAAUCGUUUCAGUUCAACAUGGCGAAGUUAAUGGUGCCCUUCUCUCACACUUAAACUUGGACUGCUAACUUGUAACAUGUGUUGACAGUUUCCCUGAAGCGAAUGUAAACUUUUCUUCAAAGACGUAACUCGUUUCUGAAGAUAUCGCAACUGUCAUAUCCAUGCUGACAAGAAGUGCUGCACAGAAGUGAAUGCGAUAACCACCAGCGCCGCUAACAAGGGAAUCAGACUUGGCAACACUGGAGCGUAGGCUUACAGUAAGCUCCGAAUGGUAACAGCGUUACCAUGUUAAGACUAACAAAACACUCAUAAAUCGGGGAGCAAAGAGACAGAGACGGAACAUUAAUCAAUAUUUAAGCAAGCCGAGCGUCACUGAGUUGAGCAGGAAGUGAAAUGGGCAGGGGAGCUGAAUCCAGCAGCAGCAGCAGCAUCUGGAGUGAUAGCAUUUAAACAUUUCAACAGAACAACACGGGAUCACAGUAGAAUGGCAGCCUCGAGCAACUCAAGUUUAUCAGGCUCGUCGAUAGCCUCUGAACCCACAGUGACAAACUGGGAAUGCAGCUGAAACAAUUGCAGCAAGAAAAUCCAUGAGGACAACAGAUGCUGAAGAUUAUCAGCCACCAAUAUGGAAAUCAUACUUGUACCAGUUGCAGCAAGAAGCCCCACGCCCCAAAAGAAUAAUUUGCCCUCAGGAGGUUGAGAACAGGCCGAAGUACUAUGGAAGGGAGUUUCACGGGAUGAUUUCUCGAGAGCAAGCUGAUGAGCUCCUCGGAGGUGCUGAAGGAGCCUAUCUCAUUAGAGAGAGCCAGCGGCAGCCUGGAUCCUACACCCUGGCUUUGAGAUUUGGCUAUCAGACCUUAAACUACAGACUGUUCUACGAUGGAAAGCACUUUGUGGGUGAGAAGAGGUUUGAGUCGAUUCAUGAUCUCGUAACAGACGGUUUCAUCACACUGUACAUAGAAACGAAAGCCUCGGAGUACAUUGCGAAGAUGACGACUAACCCCAUUUACGAACAUGUGGGGUAUGCAUCGCUCCUGAGAGAAAAGGUGUCGAGAAGAAUUAGUAAAACGAAGCACGAUUCCAAGAAGGCACUGCUUGUGAGGGUAGACAGCAACUCUGUGGAAAAGAUCACAUCGCUGGUCAGGAGGGCAGCACUGAAGGAAAACGAGAACCAUUUCAACUACGAGAAGGCUCACAAUUUUAAGGUCCACACAUUCAAAGGUCCUCACUGGUGCGAGUACUGUGCUAACUUCAUGUGGGGCCUCAUCGCUCAAGGAGUCAGGUGUUCAGACUGUGGGCUGAAUGUACAUAAACAGUGUUCCAGAUUUGUGCCCAAUGACUGUCAGCCGGACCUGAAGCGGAUCAAGAAAGUGUAUUGCUGUGACUUGACCACGCUGGUAAAGGCACACAACACUCAGAGACCGAUGGUGGUGGACAUGUGCAUUCGGGAAAUAGAAGAAAGAGGUUUGAAAUCCGAAGGCCUGUACAGAGUCUCUGGGUUCACUGAACACAUUGAAGAUGUCAAAAUGAGCUUUGAUCGAGAUGGUGACAAGGCUGACAUCGGUGCAGACACGUAUGCAGACAUCAAUAUCAUUGCAGGAGCUCUUAAACUGUAUUUCCGGGACUUACCCAUACCGGUUAUUACCUACGAUGUCUAUUCUAAAUUUAUAGAAGGCGCAAAACUUAUUAACCCAGACUCCAGAUUAGAGGCGAUUCAUGGGGCCCUGCUGCUGCUGCCCCCUGCACACUAUGAGACACUCCGGUACCUAGUCACUCAUCUGAAGAAGGUAACUAUGUACGAAAAGGACAAUUUUAUGAAUUCUGAAAUCCUUGGGAUCGUCUUUGGACCAACAUUAAUGCGACCUCCUGACCAAAACACACUUGCCACCUUGAAUGACAUGAGGUAUCAGAAAUCAAUCGUGCAGCUCUUAAUUGAAAACGAAGAUGUUUUGUUCUGAACAGAUGCAUGAGGUGCAUCAACCCCUGCUGCAGCAGCUUUGCAAAUGAUUGCAUUGAAGUACUGCGAAUGUUUCUUGUUAAGGGUGAUCAGCUGGACUUAAUGUUCUGCAGUUCUGCAGAUGAAUGCAAAUUAUGUUUCUCUGUCUUAUAGACAUGUCUCUGUUUGUAAGGGUCAGGCAAAGCCUUCUGUCUUGUAUCUUUAAAUAUCAAUCACACAAUAGGUUAUACGUUGUGGGCAUUGCUUCCAUUUUGCACUAAAUCCAUAUUUGUAUCUUUGCAUCAUUUGUGGUAUUUUAGUAAGACACAUAUAUGUGGUGAAAAAUAAAAACCUACUUGAUUGUGUUGUACACCUUCUACAAUGCUAGAGUCUCAUAUUUCCCCAAAAACUUCACACACAUGACCUUUUUCACAAAAAAUUAGCUCAUGAGUAAAUUCAAAGACUGGUUUGAAUGGAAGUAAAGUCAGCUAUUCAUAACACGAUUCUAAAUGAAUGUUUUGAACGGCAGCCAAAACAAGUUUAACAAGUAUCAUUUACUUCAGGAAGUGAGCAGUUAUUCAAAUGGUUUCUUCUUAAAGUACAUUUGAGAGCAACUCAAGUAUCACCAGGAUUAAACUGACCGUUUGAAUGAGCAGAUCCAACCUGUCAGUAAAUGUUAAACCCUGUUUCAAGCACCUCGUUACAAAAAUAAUAAAGUUAGCAUCAUUUUAUUUGUGGGAAACAUGUGUACCUUGUACAUUAAAGGGUUAAAACUCCAGUGGCAUAUAAAUAUGGAUUAUCAUAUUCAAAUGACUCAAGUAGUUUUGAAAAUACACCUGUAGUGCAAAGGCAGUAAUGACACAUUAGCCAACUAAUUCUGGAGCAAAAGGAGGUUGUCCUCGGGAAUAAAACUUCAAUUUUGCUAAUGACUUGGAGACUCCCUAGACAUUGGGUAAGUCCUCAUUCUAAUUCUGUACAAACAAGAACGUCAGCCUCAUGAGGUGUUGGUGUUAGUUAAAGCUGAAAUUUGGAAUCAGGUCAGUUUGCUAAAUCCUGGUAUUAAAUAAGCAUAUUGUGUAAAGUACACAGUGAAAAUGUGACAUAAUUAUAUCUUUAAAAACAAAGAAGAACAAAACCAAAAAACAAGACUGAUAAGUGUUAAAAGUACAGGGAGGGCUUUGCCUUUUAUGUAUGUUAUUUCUCUUAAUUUAAUUUACUUACCUAAAUUAGGUAAUUACAUUUUUUAAUAUAGAUGUAUUAUGUAUUAGAAGCAUACUUGGUACCUACUUCAUAUUUUGUAUCAGGCUAAAAGUAGCCCAAGCAUCUUUCCAGAAAAUACAGCAGCUCAAGCUGUUUGUGCAGCAUUCUACACAUUCAACCAUUCUUCCAUUCAAGUUCAGUUUGUUUAACUGGGUCGGCUUAUUUUGUAAAACUUGCAAAAGACAAAUGAUGAAUUGUGAAUAGAAACAAAAAAUUAACAAUGUGUCUCUCAAGUUUCAAACUAUUAAAGAUACAAGGACAGUGGGCAGUCCAAGCCCUGAAUUCAUAUUUAGCACUUUCCUCCUCUUUUGCUUAACCCUAUUUAAUCUGCUCGUAAAACAAGGUCUAUGGUUCAGAUGUCAUGUUUCUGUAUUUAUAUGAGUACUUUAAAGAAAGAGUAAUAUUUUCAGUGAUGCAUAUAAGUGAUGUACAUUCCUGAGUGGCAGAAACUAAAGAAGAUACAGUUACCAAAUAUGUAUGUUUCCAGUUGUGGACUCAUUUGAAAGACAAUGAAAAAACGUACAACACAGAUCACUGAUUAGUGACACUGUGCACUGAGUUCCAAACUGAACAUUAGGCAUUUUAAUUUUAAUAUUUGAAUAUGUUUGUAUGAAAAUAUUGUACAAAUACAGUAAUAUUAUAUUUAUUGUAGCUUGUUAUAUUUAUGCAGAUAAAUGCAUUUUGCAUGACUCUGUUUACCAAGUGAUUCAUGUCAGUAGGUGCCUUUUACUUAUUUUACAUCUACUCUGAAAUGCUAUGGAGAGGAGCUGCAUAGGUUAAAAACUGUUCGGUUAAACCUCUUGCUUUUUUGUUUGACAUUUACAUUCAACCUUUUUAUUUCUAUGAUUAAGGUACUUUCUAUAAAAUGUGUGAAAACAAAAUGUUUGUGAAAAGAUUUGGAUUUCAGUUUGUAAUU